AUGGCAGAAAUAUCUUCUGGUUGUUUGCAGAUGAAAAACACUUUCUGUCCAAAAAGAAAGCAAAGAACAGAAGACAGCAAAUCUUUUACUUGCCCUCACUGUGAAAAGGAAUUUGAAAGAAAUGCACGUCUUGUGGAGCACAUAAAAAUUCACUCUGGAGAGUCCCCAAACACAUGUCUUCAGUGUGGAAAGAGUUUCACUCAAAAAAUUGGUCUUAAGAUCCACAUGAGGAUUCACACUGGAGAGCACCUAUACCCAUGUACUCAGUGUGGAAAGAAUUUCACCAGGAAAGAUAAUCAUGAUGCCCACAUGAGAAUUCACACUGGAGAGCGCCCAUACAAAUGCACUCAGUGUGAAAAGAGUUUUACAAUGAAAGCACAUUUUAUAAUUCACAGGAGAGUUCACACUGGAGAGCGCCCAUUCACAUGUACUCAAUGUAAAAAAUGUUUUAUUGAUAAAUCAAUUCUCAGGGUGCACAUGAGAGUUCACACUGGAGAGCUCCCAUACCCAUGUCUUCAGUGUGGAAAGAGUUUCAGUACAAGAGCUAAACAUACAGACCACAUGAGCAUUCACACUGGAGUGUACCCACACGUGUGUCUUCAGUGUGGAAAGAAUUUUACUAGGAAAGAUAAACUUGCAGAUCACAUGAAGAUUCACACUGGAGAGCGCCCAUACAUGUGUCUCCAGUGUGGAAAAUGUUUCACUAGGAAAGAUAAACUUGCAGAUCACAUGAACAUUCACACUGGAGAGCGCCCAUACAUGUGUCUGCAGUGUGGAAAGAGUUUCACUCAAAGAGCUAAUCUUUAUGUUCACAUGAAAAUUCACAGUGGAGAGCGGGCAUACCCAUGUCUUGAGUGUGAAAAGAGUUUCGUUACGAAAGUGUAUCUAAAGAAGCACAUGAGAGUUCACACUGUACAGUGUCCGUACACGUGUCUCCAGUGUGGAAAGAGUUUCAUUCAAAAACCUAGUCUUGAUGCCCACAUGAAAAUUCACACUGGAGUGUGCCCAUACAUGUGUCUCCAGUGUGGAAAGAGUUUCACUCAAAAACCUAGUCUUGAUGCCCACAUGAAGAUUCACACUGGAGAGCGUCCGUUCCCAUGUCUUCAGUGUGAAAAGAGUUUCAUAGCGAAAGGAUGUCUUAAGAAGCACAUGAGAGUUCACACUGGAGAGCGCCCGUACAUCUGUCUCCAGUGUGGAAAGGGUUUCAGUCGAAAAAAUAGUCUUAAUGUCCACAUGAGAGUUCACACUGGAGAUGAGAAAUAAUCAUGUCCUAGGUCUGAAAAGGGUUUAAGACAAAAGUAAGUCUUAUGAGGCCCCUGAGAAUUCACAUUUGUGCCCAUCCACAUGUUUUAAAAUUAAUUAUUUUUUCUUAAUUUUAGUCCAUAACUCUACAGGUGAAGGGGCCACUUUAUCUUCAAAUAUAUAAGGUCCCACGGACCAAAACUGGUCAGCAAUAGAAUCUUUUUUAUUAUUGUUUUUAUAGUGACUGAUUCUGAAACAGGCGUGAGCUAAAGACACGAGUGCACGUCUGCUUAGCACGCACAAUAUGUGAGUAAAGGCUGGGAUGAGUACGUGCUUGACUCUCUCUAUGCCCUCACAGCUG